AGGACCUCAAUAAAACAAGUGCAAGGUGAACAAAUGGUAAUGUUAUUGUAAGGAUUUUGUAUUUUUCGAGCGCGUUUAUCAAAUAAGGAAUGCCGAAGGCAAGAGCUCCUAGAUAAACCGGUGACCGGUGGCAGCAAAAGAAUGUGGGCAGAGAUAGUUUCAAGUAACCUGGUAUGCUAGAAGCACGCGGUGCUGAUGCUGCAAAGAUGCGGGUACUUUUCAAUGAGCCUAGGUAAAAGAAUUCCCCUCUAGGUAAAUUGGAUACCGCUAGUUCUGUACUUUUUAACUGUAGACACAGGCAGUACUGAAGUGAAGUGCAUAGUGAAAGUCGUACCUGGGUAUACGUAACGUCAAAUUUUAACAUGCCAGUGUCAGUGUACCUGUUUCUUUCUUUUCGUGGUGCGUUACAUUGUUAAUAGCGCUAAAUUUUCUCAAACACAACAUCCACUUAAUUUAGUUCUGCGGGUGACAAAAAGACUGAAAGGACUACAAACGCUACAAAUGAUCUUCUUUGCAUACUAUGUCUCAACGAAAUCGUAUAGGUAAUGGGUAAUAUAAACAGUCAAACGGGUCAGAUUAGCACGGCGCGGUUUAACACUUCGUUAAGGUCAGAAGCGAGUGCUAAAAGCGACACAGAGCCUUGGCCUCGAUCCUACCCCAAACCUGGAGCUCAUCUUCAGCACAAGGUCCUUCCCGAACAAGGCUCCCGGCAAAACCUGCGUUCCACGGACAACGGGGAAAUCCUGCAGUCAGGAGGCACGCUCAGUGGAAGGCAUCAAAGCCCUUUGAGAAGCCCGGAAUCAAGACACUAUUUGCCCGCACAAAGAUAUUCCUUUCACAAAACCGGCCUGAGAACGAGUAACCCUUAUCAAAACCGUCAAAAUGCCACUAACCAAAGAUCCUUCAAGUCUCAAGUCAAGUCUUUCAAGUCCGAGCCAGACCUACGUCUACAACCGCCUGAAAAAGAAAUGAAAGAAAGAAAGUCCAAAAAGAAAUAUAAAGCACCCGCGCCUCCUUGUAGACAACCGCAAGGGCAUCGAUCAGGAGACUGGUCAGAGUCCUACAAUGACGACUACGUCACAAGGAAAACGCGCUUGUUCAAAACAAGAGCGGAAACUAAAAAAGAAUCUAGUCAACUGAUCGUUCGUUCAGAUCAAACAGAGUCCACUCCUGAUGUGGUAGAAGAAAAAAUACUCGCUCAAGAAAAGAAUGUAGGAAACCUACGGCCCAAUAGACUGUCUCUACCGGAAUUCAACAUCGCUGAGUCGGAUGAGUUUCAGAAGGAGCUUAGAGAAGCCACCGAUCGACUGAGAGUUACAAAAACAAGUAGAGAAGUCGAGGAAGGAUUCCAGGAAAAUGAAAAUAUUUUCGGUAUUCCGGAAGGACCUCUUUCAAACCGUGUUCACGAAUCAGAAGAACGAUGUACCCGUGGUGAGCCUUCCGGUAAGGAAUCGUCCACCCCUGAAACAUCCCCGGUCUUAGGAGUACCAGAACCGCCAAAACCCAGGGCUUUCUAUUUUGGAAUGGACCAUGAAGACUCAGAAAUAUCCAGCAACUGUCCAAUAGAAGAUGACGACGAGAAUCCUGCUAUUGCGCUACGUUUACGACCUGUCCUGCCUCGAAAACCCCCAGAAGUCCCGCGAUUCUCACCAGCAGCAGCCUGGAGACUGUUAGAUUCGCGGUCUCACGAUUCUGGGAUUUCAGACGAUGCAAGAGCUCCUCCGCCUUUGUCAUGGACGCCACAACAAGACCUAGGAGAUGAUUCAAGCUUGGAAGACACCAGAAGAGAGACUCCCAGACAUAGCAGACCGAGACCUCACGUUUUCAGCUUAUCCCUUCCACGAGACAAUCAGCUUGCCAGUUUUGCCGCUAUGGGAUCCUCCAGAAACGGCGUUAGUAGCCUUAGGAGACUAAAAAGAUCUGUAUCGGGAGUUCUAAGCACGUUAUCCAAUAAGAAAGAACAAGAAAAGAAACCCCCUGUCAGUCCAGAAGACUCUAAUUGGUUUUUCAGCCGAUCCGCGCCGAAUUCUCUAAACGAAAAUUCUUCUGACAUACCUGAAGCUUCCUUUCCUCACACUUCCUCAACUUCUAGGCUCAUGUAUUUACCUAAUACUACACCUAGAGAGUCACCGGUGGAAGAAAAGUACCCUUUAUCAGUAUUUUCGAAAUCCUGCGAAGAACUUAGGGUACCAGAAUCAUUAAGAGACCCAAAAAGUGACUUAGACUUCUUGUGGUCUACUGAAGACAGAUCCAAGAAACCUAAAAAGUUCACCUUUCAGAGCACGGUAAGGCAAAUAGAGAGAAGGAGGAUGGCGGAGAAGUUAUCUAAAGAGGCUGAGAAAAAAGAAAAGCAGCGUAUCAAAGAACUGGAAGCCAUGCAAAGGGUUGAAGAGGAAUUCCAGAGGAAAAGAGCAAAAGAGAAGGCUAAUAUUCGGCAGCAACUUCGACUAUAUGCAAUGGAUGAUCAUCAAUGGACAAGUUUACCACCAGAUAUUACAAUAAAAACAGAAGAAAGACAGGAGCCUGAUGGUGCCCUAUCAUCGUCCACUUCCUCUUCCCCACAACCUCCAAAAUCUCAGGACCUGAUGAUAAGAAAAAACGAAACAUCCGAGAGUAAAAUGACGCUUCACGUGACAAGAGAACUGUCGGAGUACAGGCAAGCUCAAAGGGAUUAUAAAGAAUAUAGAGGCCACUCGAAGUUCACUUCAGACUUUCGGUAUUUUAAACCCACUACUAUACAUCCGGAAGUGACUUGCAAUAUGCCUAAAGCCAAAGGGUCGAAUUUUGGAAACGGCAACUACAGGAAAGAUUUCGCAUAUGGAAUGAAAUCUAUGUCCAGCAAUCAUUCGGAGGACUCCCAAAAUAAUUCGACCCAAAUGUUUCAUAACAAAUAUUCACCCAUUACGAGAUUUUAAAUUACUGACAUUUAAUUAACAUUUCUUUUCCCAGUGUAAAAUGUUUAAUAAAUAUGUACCUAAUUGUUAUAUAAA